UUUUUAGCGAAAGUAGAAGAGGCCACACUGCUGCAAAAUCUUAAUUAAUAAUGAAAUAUUAUAUUUAAUUUGAUAGCACGGUAAUCUCUAUGCUGCAAGUUUAAGGGUUCAAAAAGAAAGGGCAUUCUUGAAGUCAGGACUUUUCGCCAUGGAGACGAAUGUGAAUCCCUUGGCCGUAAUCCUCGUUUACUUCGACAGCAAGGGAGAUCGUCUAUUGUACAGGUAUCCAUACCAAACACUUGGCCAAACGGAGGCCAGCGACGAGCAGCGAAAGUCAAGGAAGCGCAAUCCAUAUGCCGUGGCCCAUGUGGACGACCUGCUGCAGACGCCCACGCACUUGGGGGCUUCCAAGGGACAAGGCCAGUUGCAGGGAUUCGCCGACGAAGUGCUAUCCGCUCUGUUUGCCGUGAAACCACAGCUCUGCAAUCAGAAGUUCGAGCUCAAACUGAACGAUGUGCGGUUUGUGAGCCAUCCCACAUUGAUUCCCCACAAGGAGCAAAGGAGCGGGGCGAUGGCCAAGCAGCAGAUGCUGAUCAACAUUGUGUUUGCGCUUCACGCCCAGGCCAGCUAUUCGAUUGUAAAGUGCUACCACGAACUGAGCAAGCGUCUGGGGCUGGCCCUGAAGUUCGAGGAGCAGCGCAGUGGCUAUCUCACCGAGCAGACGGCCCACAUGGCCCGCACCCACGACGAGCAGCAGCAACAGCCGCUGGAACGCACGCUGGAGCUGAUUGCCGAACGCUGUAGCUUGGCGCAAGCCCUGCGCUCCAUCUUCCACGACCUGUGCACCACCGGCCUGCUGAGCACCUCGCUGAAUCACAACCUUACGCUCUGCUUUUGUCUGCCGGCCAAGGCGCACCAGUUGCACAAGAAGGGCAGCAUGGUGGAUCCGGAGACCAUAGAUCGGUGUCUCCGUGCCCUCAAGCCCUAUCACGGCAUGCUGCUGCUCGUGGACUUUGCCGAGUUGCUGGACUGCGUCCCGCCGACCGGGGCACGCAUGCUGUGGCAACUCGUGGACGCCUACGAUCCGCUGAUCAGUCUGCAGAGCAUGGCCUCCAAGGCGGACUUGAGCAUCGAGCAUGUGUACAAGCUGGUCUCGCAUUUGGUCUACUGGGCCAAGGCCACCAUUAUCUAUCCGCUGUGUGAAACGAACGUCUAUGUGAUAGCGCCAGAUGCACCACUGCACACAAAGUCCCACCUGGUGGAGAAGUUCUCCGCUCGCUUUGCGGGCAUGUCGCUGUUCGAGGUGAUCUCGGAUUUCUCGCUGCCCACGUCUAUUGGCCACUUGACCACACCCCUGCAGCAGCCGGCACGUCAGGGUAUCCUCGCACAGAUGGUCAUCUGGAUGCUGCAACACCAUCUGCUAAUGCAACUCCACACGUAUGUGCAGUUCAUGCCCAGCGAGGAUGAGUUCGGGGACUCUGCGUCCUGCAGUAAUCACCUGAGGGAUGCUGUCAGCGACGAGGAGGGAGAUCAGGAGCAGGAUGCGGAUGCGGAUGAACUGCAUGGGGGCUCCAUGCUGAGCAUGUCCAGUCAACCGUUGCCCGUGCCAGCGGUCUCUGUCGGUGGCCAUCGGCGCGACAACUCCGAGGAUCACUCGUCACUGGCCUCCGACAACAUCGCCGUGCAGCCGUCCUCCAGCCACAAGUCCAACUUCAGCAUCACCGCCUCGAUGAGCACAGACAACUGCGACAGCCUCGAUUCCAUGGAGGACGAACAGAAGUUGAAGGAGCUACUACAGGUGUUCAGCGACGCGGAUCGUGCCGCUAUCCGGCGCAUUCCCGCCUCCGCCAAUGUCGACGAUCUGUCGCUGCUGGUGAAGCUCUACCAGAUGGGCUACUUCAAGAGCGAGCACCACCUGGAGGAGAUCAUGUAUUUCGAGAACCUGCGCCGCUCGCAGCUGCUGCAAUUGCUGGACAAGUUCAGGGAUGUCCUCAUCAUCUACGAGACCGAGGAUCCGGCAAUCGCUUCCAUGUACAAUACCAAGUAGAUUGGAUUGUGUCCAAUUUUGUCAUUCCUAGUAAUAUGUAUAUUUGAACGUUUUUUUGUUAGCUAAUGAAUAUAUAAUCUAUCAAAUAGAUAUGUAUCUAGUUUAUAAAGUCUUGGUAACCAAACCAAAUUAUUUUUUGGUUGUUAUUUUUGUCAAAAAUAUAUUGUUGUUUAUUUCUAAA